AAUUCAAAAUGGCGACAUGAGAGGAAAUGGGAAUAUCCCUUUUCACAAAUUAAAGUCUGCAUUUUACCCCACUUGAAGGCAGUCAGUAUUCCGUCCAAUGGCGUUUGGGGGUCUGAGUACAGUACAGGACAAGAUUACUGUACCCAACGACCCCUACAGUGAUGCCACUGAUGAUUGCAGAGUAUGGCUUGGUAACCUUGAUUCACGACUAACAGAGUUUUCCCUGUUGAAAGUUUUACAGAAGUAUGGCUCUCUGAAGAGAUUUGACUUCCUGCUCCACAAGUCCGGGCCUGAUGUAGGCAAACCUCGUGGAUAUUGUUUUGUCAGCUACCAGCACAGAAAGGAUGCUGAGCGGGCAGUGAAAGGUCUCAAUGGGAAACAGGCCUUGUCUAAACGGAUGAUUGUUAAAUGGGCUCAUGCUGAGAAACAUGAAGUGGAGCCUGUCACUAGACUCAGUGUUAAGAAAGAUCCUGUCACAUUCGUCACAAAAGAGGACAACCACAGUCCUGAGAGCACAAUAAAAGCCAUUGAGGAGAAGCUCAGAAAUAUGGAGGAGACACGAGAUGACUUUACCAUGUCUACAAAGCCAGCUGCUCUCCCUGGCACUAAUCAACUCAGCGCAAUCCACCAACAUGCCAAACAAGUCACCACACGUAAACCGCGCUCACACCAUCAACCUUACACAAACAAUAGACACGGACGAAGACGGUGAAACAUGGCUAAGAUCACUGUUUGAAACCGUCAUCUUGUUAUAGUCAUUUUGUGUGUUCUGGUUCUCAUCUCCUACUAUGAAGUCAUAAAAUCAUUGAAAUGUUGAAAAUCCAUAGCAGCUGUUAACAGGGUGAUGUAUGACUGUCACCUCUGGAAGUGGGUUGAUAGAAGAUGUUCUGUAAUAGAUAUAAAUUGUGCGUAUAAAAUCAGAGAUGUAAACACAUUGUGUUCAACACUUUGUGUCUAUUAAGUGACCUCAACAGUCACAAUGACAGAGGCAGAGCCAUGAAGUAUCCAUGGUAACAACAGUAGAGACAGUCGGUUAAAGUCACCAUGUGAGAUACAGUAAGUUGAGGUUUUAUCAUGGUAGACAGAUACUGUGUGUCAAGGUAGUUCAUUGUGGUUGCCAUGGUAUAUAAGGUAUGCAGAGGUUACAAUCUGGUACAAUCUGGUGUUACCAUGGUACAUACAAUGUGUUGAUGUUACCCUGGUACAUAAAAUGUGUUGAUGUUACCCUGGUACAUAAAAUGUGUUGAUGUUACCCUGGUACAUCCAAUGUGUUGAUGUUACCCUGGUUCAUACAAUGUGUUGAUGUUA